CAGGUGGUUGUUGCCAGAAACAAAAUGGCGUUCUGUUUCAGUCCACCAGGUGGCGCAUUCACUGUGUUGUAUCGGAAAGCGGUGCCUCCCUGCCAGAGCUCCACAUCAGAGAUGCUUCAGGAGCUCAUGAACGGCACUCAAGGACUUUCACUUUAUCGAGAUGCUGGAUGAUCUUUCCUUGACGUGUAUUUUUCAUUUUCUACGGAACGCUUGGAAAUAUCUCCGAGGUUCAAGGGCUUGAACUAGUUUUGUUUUGUUUGGUUGAACACCUGUUUGACCAAGUAGGCUAUUUCCACAUUUUUUUUCCUCACAAUUCUGCUGUUACAAUACUACUCCUGUGAUUAAAAAAAAUGGAAACUACAGAUGUUAAUCUAAACGAGAGACCAGCGAGUGGAACGAAACUUGAUGUUUAUUCUACAACUACGCCUUAAAAAUACUGGAUUUAUCAGGUUUGGAUAUUUUCGAGGGAUAUACUUACUGGAAACGCAAUGGAAAAUGCAAUUUUUAACUGUAUUUUGUUUGCUCACUUCUUGUGAACUCUCAGUAGUUCUCACGAGUAGCAAUAAAACGACUGUUUUAACGUCAAAAAUAGUUUCCUCCUAUAAAGCGCGUGAAAUCAACACAGACAGCCAGGAACAACGUGUAAUGUUAAAUAAAAUCAGUUAUGAAACAGGUAAGGAACCUACAGAUGUGAUUUCAACGGCUAGUAACGUUACUACGAUACAAUUAAUGUCGGUGAAUGGGAGAGAUGACACAACGGUGAGCGCAUCUUUCAGACAGAAGUAUAAUAAAACUUCUAAAAUGGACAAAUAUAUCAAAACAAAAUCACUUCUGACGGUAAUAAGCAGCGGAUUUAGCGUAAAACGUCGUUAUCAUCGACGAGAAAGAGCGACGGCCGGAAAUGAACCCGAGAGGAAUCAAGCCAUCGAAUCUCCUGAGAAUGAACUUGAGCGCGUGGAGUCAUUGCCGAAGCCUGUAGCACAGAUCCAGCCUACAGACUUCCCUACUGAUGUCACGUCUAUUCCUGAAUGGGGCACCUCACCUGUGGAAGACGAGGAAGUCUUCACUCCGUUCAUUCCCUUUAAUACACGAUCAAAAACCCCAGGGGUGAAGAAUCCGUUUUAUCCUGUGACAGGUGAAUCGUAUGGUGCAUAUGCUGUCAUGUGCAUCUCCAUCCUCAUUUUCACUGUGGGGAUUGUUGGGAAUAUUGCAAUCAUGUGCAUAGUGUGCCACAAUUACUACAUGAGAAGCAUUUCAAACUCCUUGCUGGCCAACCUCGCCCUGUGGGAUUUUGUCAUCCUCUUUUUCUGCUUGCCACUUGUUAUAUUCCAUGAACUCACUAAGGAUUGGCUCCUUGGGGAAUUCUCCUGUAAAAUCAUUCCAUACAUUGAGGUGGCGUCUUUAGGAGUAACUACCUUCACUCUUUGUGCUUUGUGCAUUGACCGUUUCCGUGCCGCGAGCAACGUCCAGAUGUACUACGAGAUGAUCGAGAACUGCACCUCCACUGCAGCCAAGCUAACAGUGAUUUGGAUCGGUGCUCUUCUCCUCGCCCUGCCCGAGCUUCUAAUCCGGCAGCUGGUGAAAGAGGAGCGUGAGCCACCGGAGGUGACGCCUUGCGAACAUUGUGUGGUCCGAAUCUCCACGGCUCUCCCGGACACGCUUUACGUUCUCGGACUCACCUACAACAGUGCUCGUCUCUGGUGGUACUUCGGCUGCUACUUCUGCCUUCCCACUCUCUUCACCAUCAUCAGCUCAGUGGUGACCGCACGCAAGAUCCGCCAAGCCGAGCGCGCCAGCGUCCGAGGCAACCGUAAUCAGAUCCAGUUGGAGAGCCAAAUGAACUGCAUUGUUGUUGCUCUGGCUAUCCUAUAUGGAUUUUGCAUCAUUCCGGAGAACAUCAGCAACAUCGUAUCGGUGUACAUGGCUACAGGUGUGCCACGUCGCACGCUGGAUAUCCUGCAUCUGGUGAGUCAGAUGAUGCUGUUCUGCAAGUCCGCGGUUACACCUGUGCUGCUUCUGGUUCUCUGUCGGCCCUUCAGCAAAGCCUUUCUGGACUGCUGCUGCUGCUGCUUUGAGGAGUGCGGCCCACCAAAGUCCUCCGAGCCCAACAGUGAUGACAACGAUCAGGACGGCACCACCGAGCUGGAGCUUUCACCCUAUAGCACUGUAGUCCGCAGGGAUCCAUCUACCUUCCCAAUAGCAGGAACGCACUGCUAAGGUUGUACCUUACCUAAGGGGUACACAUUACCAAGGGCUGAAACAUACAGAAUAAACCAGUCCAGAGAUGUUGUUGUUCACAGGCGGCAUAGUUUUGUGCGGUUUCUGAUUUUAUUUUGCUUUGUUUUGGGAGAGAUGUCCACAAACUGGAUAUUUUAACUUGUAAAAAUAGGGACAAAGAGCCACAUGUUCAUUACAAAACACAUUGUCUUAGGCCCUGUUUACACCUGGUAUUAAGAUGUGUUUUGGACUAUCGGAUCACAAGUGGAUGAUGCUAAAUAAUACAGGUGUAAACGGGGUCUAAAACGCUUUGAGCUUGUCCACUUAUGACCACUUCCAGAAGUAGUUGAAAUCGUAUUAGAACGGAUUGCUUUCGUAGUGUAGACGCUCAUGUGGUCGAAUGCGUUCGACAGCCACAAAAGAGUGCCUACUUUCCACCUGCUGACCUAACGCAUAAACAUAGGAAGCACGCGAGCCAGACCGGAUUUAAACUUUGUAGGCUGAAGACCCAAGUUUGGUUUAAAGAUAAAAAAAAUGUACCAAGCACAAUGUUCUCCACCAUUCCUGAUUUCUAACAUGCACUCACCGUGUUUGGCGUGGUCUUGUGGCUGUCAAAGCAGAAACGAACGAAACGCGAUCACAUGUAAAUUGUGUGAACUUAUUUCAUCCAUUAGAUCGAAAGAUCAGAAAAAACCCAUUCAUUUACCCACCCACAGACCCUCCCCUCAAAGAAAUCAGGACAGAAGUGGUCGAAAGUUGACAAAAGAGAUAGAUUAAAACACCAGGUGUAAACAGGUAUGUGUCUGCCUCGUCUACUUGUGAUCCGAUCGACCAAAGCGCAUCUUAAUACCAAGUGUAAACGGCCUUAGAGAUGCAACUGCCUGUUGAUGUUUACAAAAGAAGACAUAUGUACCUUGUAUAGUUUCUUGCAAGUUUAUAGGAAGUCUAGAAGGAUUAUGAAUUAACUCACAUGCAUUUGUUAUAUUUGCACAAUUUUCUUAUCCCAGUAUCUUUUCAUUUUAAUUUGGUGUAUUUGUAUUUUUGAUCAAAGUGUCUCUGAGACUUAUGGAAGAUAAUAUAUAGAAAAUGGCUGUUUGUAGUAUGUUUUGGUGUUGUGGAAAUUGGCGAUUCUUGUGAAUCGAUUUAACGUUAAGCCUAGCUCCCUUGCUAUGUAAGUAUUAAAUUCACUCUGUAUUUGCUAGCAGAACUUGUGAUGCUCUUCAGCCUCUGGAAAGCACUGAAGAAGCUGUUGAUUUAGCCAAGACAUGUCACUUUUCAAUAAUAAUAAAAAAACAUAAAUUGAAAGGUCUUAAAAGGAUUUUCUUACAGAUAAAACUUGAGUGUUAUGAACUGAAACUGGAGAUCAUGCCACUAUAUAUAUCUGUAUAUUCUUGUCCAAUCAAUUCUUCUCCGAUGGCUGGUUCAUUCUCGAUGGUGUUGGUUCACAGGCCUCUGGGUCAUCAAUGCCGUACAGUACUCUCCUAGCACACAGAGGCUAUUGUUUAAGGCCAUGGCCAGUUCAGCAUUAGGCAUUCAUACUGCAGCGGAUUCCAUGACCUCAGGGACAGAAGUGCGGAUUGGAUUGGGAGUGUGGGGAAAGAUGUAGAAAGCCUGUUUGACUUAACAGGACAGCUGGAGUUUCGUCAUUGUGGUCUGGUUGUUUAUUGGCCAUUUAGCAUCAAAGAGAAAAUUGUACUUUUGAACUGCUUGAGGAGCAAUCUCAUCUCUUUUACUAUACAUUUAAGAUCAGCUCCAAAACCUAGUGAGCUGCCUUGCUGUCUACUUCCUACACAGGAAGCUUCCUUCCAAGGCAGCAUCUUAAUAGAAAUUGAAUCUAAGGGUGUACUCACACUAGGCACGGUUGCCUUGAACCGAGCCCGAGUGCAAUUGUCCCCCCUCCCCACUCCCCCGCUGGCCCACACUCACGUUGCACUUAACGUUCCCGACCGGAGCA